UCAAUGGUUAAACAUGUAAGGCUUUACAAUGAGAUUUUAAAAUUACAACAACAACAAAUAUGUGUUCCGUAAUUCGAAACUAUCAUACGAGGAGUCAUAAAGAGUUUUAAACUGUUUAAAAACAGAAUAUUACAUUAUGUAAACGGGGUGUGUUUCUGAACGAAUUUCGUAAUACCCGGUACUGAUAUUUGAUCUCGCCAAGCUUUACUGUAUUUUAACAUACAUUGUAAUUCAGACACAGCAGAUGUCAGGAAUGGAACCAGCCAUUGUUUUAAACUUUAUAUUGGCGUUCGUUUCUCUGACUUACGUUUUAAGUCAGGUUAUACCCUGUGAUAGUAACAGUUCUGGAGAAACUUGUUUACUGGCCAAGGGGUUUGAUGACUAUCAACUAGCAAGAUGCUCCUCAAAUGAAGAUCUGGAGCCGCAGGGAUUCCAGUGCGAGGACAAAUGUACCAAUGCAUGCUGGCAUCUGUGUAUGUUCGAAAAGUUUGGAGAAAGGAAUGGAAGUGUUUCAGAAAACUGUUCUUGUAAGCCGUAUUUUAGAGACUUGCCCUCCUGGUGUUACGAGGCUACAGGCCACUGCGAUUUUAAUCAGAAGUGUACUUUCAGCAAAUAUGGCUCCCUUUGUCCACCACCUGAAGCUGGUGGUGUAGGAAUGGAAACGCCCAUGUUUUACAACAACCUGUGCCCAGUCUUAAAUAAUUUCUUCGGAUACCUGGACUGUGAAACCAAUAUUUGGCUAGACGGAUUCAGGAGAUGUCUUCAACAAUAUUUAAUUGAUUCAGUUAUUAGGAUUACUGCGACUUGUAGUGAUCUGAAAACGAAAGGAGAGGACGCCCUGAACAUUUGUAUACAAGCGAACUAUAGUGGUAAAACUUUUUAUGACAUGGAAAAGUUAGGAAAACCAAAUCGCACAACAUGCACAACAAAGGAAAUAGAUGACAUCAUAACAGCGCCCUCUGGCGGAAUCACUAUGUUACCUAGCAAUGCCUGUGAUGAAGUAUACCCUGGACUUUUUAUAGGAGAAGAGUCAAUUGGAAAAAGUCGAGUCGGCUUACGGGACAUGGGGAUAACCCAUGUAGUUAACACAGCAAUGGGAAAGGGCCAAUAUUUUGUCAACACAAACCACGUGAUGUUCCAGAAAGUCGGAAUACAGUUCUAUGGAUUUGAAGCCAUGGACAUGUUGCACGUUCAACUUACACCAUUUUUUCAGAAAUCUGCAGACUUCAUUGAUCAAGGAUUAAAGGAAGGUGGAAAAGUUAUGGUGCAUUGCAAAGUUGGAGCAAGUCGAUCUGCAACAAUAGUGAUAGCGUUUUUGAUGAUAAAGCGUCACAUGACCGUACAAGAAGCAGUACGCAUGAUCAGAACUAAGCGAGAAAUAGCACCAAAUGAAGGCUUUCUGCAACAGUUGUGCGAUUUGAAUGACAAACUGCACAUUUCUGGCCACUUUAACAAGACACCAGAUGAAGAUCAAAGAUAACUGUGGAUAUGUUCAUAAAGUUUACUUGUAAAUGGGUUUUUUUCUGUAAUAGAUACGCGUCUCUGAGGAAAAAUUGCUCGUUUUUCCUGUGUUUGAUAUCCUAGAUCAUCAGUGAAAAAGAGUAUGCUGAGAUUCUGAAAACAAUAUAGGAGGUUUAUACCAAGUCGUCUGAUCUACAUCUAAACAUAACCUUUACAAUUCAACCAGGGCAGGGGAUCUGAAUAUGACUGUAUUGUGUUGUUAAUACUACAAGUACUAGUAUCCUGCCUCGAUCUGACUGAAAUCAAAUAUUACACUAUUACAACUCUUCUUCAAGUUACCAUUAUGAAGUACAGUUUAAAAUUGUCUCGUAUUAAAUUAUGUUUUGUAGUAGAUUAUCAAAAAGUCACUGCUGCGACGUAAAGACAUUGGAUGUAUGAAUUCAACGUAAAA